AUGGAGACCAGUUUAGAACCUGUUGUAAGCGACCCGCAAGCCUGUAUCGGGGAUGAAGAUCGUUCCGUCAAGUCCAGAGAAACGCCAGGGUCGUUCGAGACAGCGUCGUCAGACGAGCGUAGAGCGGGUCCCUCCGCUUCGCCUAGCGGUUUGCCAGAAUGUUACGUGAUCGUGCAUAACGUGGCGAAGAGACAUAACAUCGGCAUGCUCCUUCGCAGUGCCACGGCGUUCAGCGUGCAUCAGAUCCUGGUGGUGGGUCGGAGGGACUUCAGUGCGUUCGGCAGUCAUGGGGCCGCGGAUCACGUCUCCUUGAAGCAUUUCAAUACUCUCACAGACGCCAAGACUUACCUUCAGGAGAGGGAGUGCAGCAUAUGCGGGGUGGAGAUCGUGGACAAUGCACGUCCCAUACAGUCACAUCCAUUCACUGGCAACACCGCUUUUCUCCUUGGCAAUGAGGGCACGGGGCUCUCACCCACAGAAUUAGCAGUGUGUGACUCGUUUGUCUACAUCCCGCAGCAUGGCCCCGGGACCGCGUCCCUCAACGUCAUUGUCGCUGCCUCCAUCGUCCUGCACCACUUCGCUGCUUCUCAUGCUGUCAAUUAUCCUGAGCGCGAGCGUGAGGGUGCGAAAUUCUCAGUGGCUGCCCGGCCGUUGAGAAGAGGCCCUCGAAAUCGCUGCCCGGAAGAUCCUGUUGAGCUGGCCGCUCGACGGCAGAGCAGGCAGGAUGCAGCAGAGGGUGACACGUGGCAGGAUAUGGAGGAUGGGUCACUCGGAUUGUUGGAAGGGCAAGAGGAGGAAGGGGAGUCAUAA